CUCAUUGGCUGCUCUGCACCGUCUGGAGGAAGUUGGAUGCGCGCUCUCCUCGCAGCAUCCAGAAGACACCUGGAUAAAUAAAAUAAAAAAUAUAUAUAAAAUCUGUUGCGAUGGGGAGGAUCAGGAAAAACCACUUUGGGAUUUUGACUUUUUCCCUCAUGGUGACUUUGGUCUGGACUCAAAACGUGAAGGAUAUCAAAGAUCCGAGCAACAUGCCCCUGGUGAAGGAAACCGUGGACCGGCUGAUGAAAGGAUACGACAUUCGGUUGAGGCCAGAUUUCGGAGGUGCUCCCGUGGCCGUGGGAAUGAACAUAGACAUCGCCAGCAUAGACAUGGUCUCUGAAGUCAACAUGGACUACACCUUGACCAUGUACUUCCAACAAGCAUGGCGGGACAAGCGCCUCUCCUACUCUGAGAUCGCCUACAACCUGACUCUGGAUAACCGGGUGGCCGACCAGCUGUGGGUCCCUGACACCUACUUCCUCAACGACAAGAAGUCCUUCGUUCACGGCGUCACAGUCAAGAACCGCAUGAUCCGGCUCCACCCUGACGGGACGGUGCUUUAUGGACUCCGGAUCACCACAACUGCAGCCUGCAUGAUGGACCUGCGCCGCUACCCUCUGGAUGAGCAGAACUGCACGCUGGAGAUAGAAAGCUACGGAUACACCACCGACGACAUCGAGUUCUACUGGCGGGGCGGAGACGGCGCCGUGUCCGGGGUCGACAGAAUAGAGCUCCCACAGUUCUCCAUCGUCGACUACAAGCUCAUCUCCAAGAACGUCGUCUUCUCAACAGGUUCCUACCCCCGCCUGUCCCUCAGCUUCAAACUGAAGAGGAACAUCGGUUACUUCAUCUUGCAGACAUACAUGCCUUCCAUCCUGAUUACCAUCCUCUCCUGGGUCUCCUUCUGGAUCAACUAUGAUGCAUCGGCUGCCAGAGUGGCCCUGGGGAUCACCACGGUGCUGACCAUGACCACCAUCAACACCCACUUGCGAGAGACGCUCCCUAAGAUCCCCUACGUGAAGGCCAUCGACAUGUACCUGAUGGGCUGCUUCGUCUUCGUCUUCCUGGCCCUGCUGGAGUACGCCUUCGUCAACUACAUCUUCUUCGGCCAGGGCCCCCAGAGACAGAAGAAGGCGGCCGAGAAGGCGGCCACGGCCAACAACGAGAAGCUGAGACCCGACCCGAACAAGUGGCUGGUGGGAAAUGUAGUUCAAAGAGAUGAUGCUCUGUAUGCCAGAAUGAAACAGAGGGAAAUUGACGCGUAUGACUCGAUGUGGGAUCCCAUCUUUGUGGACGAUGCCGCAUUAGGACUAGGCGAUCAAAGAAAUAAGAUGACCCCGGACGACAACAUCCUCUUCAGCACCAUGGAGAUGAAGAACGAGAUGGGCGGCGCCGGGGAUCUGUCCCGGGGCCUGGGAGCGCCGGGAGAUCCCCGCAACACCAUGCUGGCCUACGACAGCACGACGCUGCAGUACCGCAGGGCGGCCAUGGCCCGGCAGAACUACGGCCACAGCGCCUUGGAGCGCCACGCCCAGAAGAAGUCCCGCCUACGAAGACGGGCCUCGCAGCUCAAGGUGAACAUCCCAGACCUGUCCGACGUGAACUCUAUCGACAAGUGGUCCAGAAUGAUCUUCCCCACUGUCUUCUCCUUCUUCAACGUGGUCUACUGGCUCUACUACGUCCAUUAAAACCCGGCGGCGUCUGGAGGCCGGCUUGUGGUCGGCACGUGACGAAGAAGAAGGGUGGUGGGGGCGGGGUUUGGGAGGAAGAUGCGAGAGCGAGAGAAAUGCGUGCUGACUUUUUUAAAGCUGGUUUGUUUUAAAAGGAACACAAGGAGACUUCAAAAACUUUUCGAUGGACUGCAGCGGCACCCACUUCAGUCAGCUGUGGCUCUUUCAGGAUUUGGGAAACACCUUCAAACAGCAGAUGGACGAGCACUCAGAAUAAAAAAAAUCGAAAUAAAAACAAAACAGACGAGUGAGCUUUGAAGAGACAGAAACGGUGCCUGUAUCAGAACUUCAAAAUAUAUCACUAAUAUUUGUCAUUCGUAGCUUAAUCUCUGUGGAUCAAAUAUUUAUGCUUGUGUUUGCAUAUACUUUGAGGAUUUCUUUUUGUUUUAGUAUCUAUUUACUUCGUAGCCGAGCCGUCUGCAUCCGGGAAAGCUUUAUAAAAAAAAUUUUAAAGGAGUCAUACUUGAUAGUCUAUUUUCCUAUAAUUACUGUAUAUCAGAAACUUUCUUUAAAAGCAUGCUUACGUUGGAUUUCAUUUGCAUUUCAGUCACAACAAAGACAAAGCAUUUUUAGUUGUAUUAGUUUCUUCUGUUAGUUGAAGUUUGCAGCUUUUUUUUGGCGUGAAUCAGCCAACCUGGGCUGGAUGGUGACAGGUGGACAGCAGGGGCCGCUCUCCAGUCUGAGCACCCACAUAGAGCUUUAAUUACUCAUUUUCCGAAUGGGUCUGAAUUAUAUCCGAGGAGUGAGCCGAGCUGUGUGGUGGUGGAUGCGCCGCUUUUGCUGGGCUGAAAGUUCAUUUUUGGUGUAUUUUAAAUUAUUUAUUUAUUUAUUUAUUUUGGGUUCCAUUUGACUUUUCCGCCAUCGUGCAAGAGGCUGGCUUUAACGCAAAGCAAAGCGAGCGCAAAGAACUUUUCUGACGGGUUUUCAUUGCAAAAAAAACGAAGCUGCUGCGUAAACAUGGCAAUCCACAAUCAUCAUUAUCCGUAGAGUUGAAUGAUAGAAGUAAGAUGCAUUUUAUUGUGAUUAGGUUUCCGUUAAUUAAAAAAAAUGUAGAUAAACACAAAUCAUGUUUGAAGAAAAAAAGCGAUGAUUCAUUUUUAUAAACCAGUGCUCACAUUAUUGUAUAAAUACUACAGAUUUAUUCUAUUUAAAUUGCUUCUUUGUUGUUGUUUUUGCAGUUAAAUUGCAGCUCAGAUGUUCCAUUCACUCAAAAAUAGAUAGAAACUACCUAACUUAGAAGAAAAUAAAACAUAAAUCACAACAUUGCUGACUGUACUUUUGAGACGUUUUCUUUCUGUCUAAAUUUUCUUUUCUUUUUUCUUUUUAAUGGACUCUGAAAGAGUCUACUUGCUGAAACUGAAGCACUUCCAGAAACCAGAGACUUUUGGGUCAAUAUUUCAAGAAAUGACAUAACAAGGGCCCCCUCCUUCACACACACACACCCCUACACACACCCUCACACACGCACGCACACACUAUCCAGGCAAAUAUUGAAGUCAGGCAUAUUUUGUACAAAGUUUCUGUAAAUUCUAAUUGUAAUAUUUCAUAAUGACUGUAAAUAUCUUGUGUAAUAUCUGUCAUCAAAUACGAAGAUGUAUCUAAAUUCAAUUAAAACUCGAUUCAGUCUAUCACUUCAACAACGGA